ACCAAGCGGCCAGCUGCCUCUCUCCGGUCAGCCCUGCGCUUGGACCCCUCUCUCUCACCUGCUCUUCGUGGGGCAGCUGCCUCCUGCUCGUCCGGCCAUGCAGUGGCUGUGGCCGCUGGCCGUCUCUCUUGCUGUGGUGUUGGCCGCGGGGCUGAGCAGAGUGUCUGGGGGUGCCGCCCUGCACUCGGGCGGGCACAGAGCCGAGGCCCAGGAGCAGCAGAGCCGGUCCAAGAGAGGCACUGAGGAUGACGAGGCCAGGGAGGUGCAGCAGUAUGUGCCCGAGGAGUGGGCCGAGUACCCGCGGCCCAUCCACCCUGCUGGCCUGCAGCCCACCCAGGCCCUGGUGGCCACCAGCCCCAACCCAGACAAGGACGGGGGCAGCCCAGGAGGCAGGCGGGAGCCUCGGGGCAAUCUGACGGGGACGCCGGGUCAGAGGCUGCAGAUUCAGAACCCCCUGUACCCGGUGACCGAGAGCUCCUACAGUGCCUAUGCCAUCAUGCUCCUGGCCCUGGUGCUGUUCGCUGUGGGCAUCGUGGGUAACCUGUCGGUCAUGUGCAUCGUGUGGCACAGCUACUACCUGAAGAGUGCCUGGAACUCUAUCCUCGCGAGCCUGGCCCUCUGGGAUUUUCUGGUCCUCUUUUUCUGCCUCCCUGUUGUUAUCUUCAAUGAGAUCACCAAGCAGAGGUUGCUGGGUGACGUUUCUUGCCGGGCCGUGCCCUUCAUGGAGGUCUCCUCCCUGGGAGUCACCACCUUCAGCCUCUGCGCCCUGGGCAUCGACCGCUUCCAUGUGGCCACCAGCACCCUGCCAAAGGUGAGGCCCAUCGAGCGGUGCCAGUCCAUCCUGGCCAAGCUGGCUGUCAUCUGGGUGGGCUCCAUGAUCCUGGCUGUGCCCGAGCUCCUGCUGUGGCAGCUGUCGCAGGAGCCUGCCCCCGCCACGGGCACUGUGGACUCAUGCAUCAUGAAACCCUCGGCCAGCCUGCCCGAGUCCCUCUACUCGCUGGUGAUGACCUACCAGAACGCCCGCAUGUGGUGGUACUUUGGCUGCUACUUCUGCCUGCCCAUCCUCUUCACGGUCACCUGCCAGCUGGUGACGUGGCGGGUGCGGAGCCCUCCCAGGAGGAAGCCGGAGUGCCGGGCAGGCAAACACGAGCAGUGCGAGAGCCAGCUCAACAGCACCGUGGUGGGCCUGACCGUGGUCUACGCCCUCUGCACCCUCCCCGAGAACGUCUGCAACAUCGUGGUGGCCUAUCUGUCCACUGAGCUGACUCGCCAGACCCUGGACCUCCUGGGCCUCAUCAACCAGUUCUCCAUCUUCUUCAAGGGAGCCAUCACCCCCGUGCUCCUCCUGUGUAUCUGCAGGCCGCUGGGCCAGGCCUUCCUGGGCUGCUGCUGCUGCUGCUGUGCCGAGUGUGGUGGCGCCUCGGAGGCCUCAGCCGCCAGCGGCUCGGACAACAAGCUCAAGACCGAGCUGCCCUCCUCCAUCUACUUCCACAAGCCCAGGGAGUCGCCCCCGCUCCUGCCCCUGGGCACGCCUUGCUGA